AACCACUACAGUCCCACAAUGCACCGCGGCCCGCAGACUGUAAACACAUGAAGGACGCGGAGACGAAUGAUCCUGUUUGUGCGCUACAACCUGGGGCCCGGCGUGGCCGUGGAGCUGCAGGAGGAGGCGAGCGUGGCUGAGCUGAAGGAGGUGGUGGGGAGUCAGCAGGGGGUCCGACCAGACCGGCUCCGGGUUCUGUUCGCUGGGAGGGAGCUGCAGAGCACCUCCACGCUGCAGGGCUGCGACCUCCCAGAGCAGAGCACCAUACAUGUCCUCCUCCAUUCUGGCUCCUCGUCCAACCACCGCUUUCUCCUGCAGGAGGAGAACAGUCUGAGCAGGUUAAACACCAGCUCCUCUGGCCUGGCUGAGAUCCUGGAGGAGAGCACAGGACAGGGAGGUGGAGGAGGUGAAGUGGAAGGAAGAGGAGGUGGAGGAGCCAAAGGAGUCGGAGGAGUUGAAGGAGGUGGAGGAGUCGGAGGAGGUGGAGAAGGUGGAGGAGGUGGAGGAGUCGAAGGAGGUGGAGGAGGUGGAGAAGGUGGAGGAGUCGAAGGAGGUGGAGGAGGUGGAGGUGGCUACAGUCGUUUCUUCGUCUUCUGUAAAAGUUGUAAAUUGAUCCGACCUGGAAAACUACGAGUUCGCUGCAGAAAAUGUCACGAGACGACGAUGACGCUGAGCAGAGGUCCGUCUUGCUGGGACGACGUCCUCCAUCCUGGUCGUAUCCGUGGCGUCUGUCAGUCAGACGGUUGUCAAGGCAACGAAGCGGAGUUCUACAUGAAGUGUGCGUCCCAUCCAACAGCGGAGAACGACCUCUCUGUGGCCCUGGACCUCAUAUUGACUAACACCAGGAGGGUCCCAUGCAUCGCCUGCACAGACAUCAUGCCGGUGGUCCUGGUAUUCCAGUGUCCAGAGCGUCAUGUGAUAUGUCUCGACUGUUUCCAUGGUUACUGUCAGACUCGACUCAACGACAGACAGUUUGUCCAUCAUCCUGAGAUCGGAUACUCGCUGCCCUGUCCAGUGGGCUGUGAGGAGUCUCUGAUCAAAGAGCUUCAUCACUUCAGGAUUCUGGGAGAGGACCAGUAUGGACGCUACCUGCACUACGGGGCGGAGGAGUGUCUGCUGACCAUUGGAGGGCUGAUGUGUCCAUCACCUGGGUGUGGGGCGGGGCUUCUUCCAUCUGACGGCAGCAGGAGGGUGGAGUGUGACACACACCUGGGCUGUGGCUUUGUCUUCUGCAGGGAUUGUAGGCGGAGCUACCACCAGGGGGCGUGUCAGAUGGCGCCGGCCCCACCCACUGGCGAAGACUCACAGGGCUUCCUGGUGGGGGGAGAGGCGUCUCUCAGGGGGAGGUGGGAUCAAGCGUCGCUGCUCUUCAUCCAGGAGUCGACCAAACGCUGCCCCCAGUGUUCGGUUCCUGUGGAGAGAAACGGCGUGUGCAUGCACAUGCAGUGUCCUCGGUGUGGAGCUGAGUGGUGCUGGGUCUGUGGAGUGGCCUGGAACAGGGAGUGUAUGGGAGACCACUGGUUCGGAUAAAGAUCUGUGACAUCAAUGUUACUGUUAUUAUUAUUAUUGUUAUUAUUAUUAUUAAUGCUGUGUUUUAUAGAUUCUAUUAAAGGCAGAAAAAAGUUUUUCUUGUUUUAAACUAGUGCUGUCAAAGGAUUAAAACCAUUGUAAUCAGAUUAAUCUCAGGGUUGCUGUGGAUUAAUUUAGAUGAAUUCAUGUUUAAUCUCUAUUGAUGGCGUUUCAUUGUUUAUGAGCAAACAUGUUCAUUAAACACCUUCAAAAACUU